UGGUGCCGCCGCCCUGGGCGCUGGGCGUGGGGCCGCCCUCGGGGACCCCCGGACGCAGCUCGCGCUCCCCCCCGCCGCCGCCUCCCCUCCUUCGGGCAGCGGACUGGCCUGCCCGAACCACUGGGCCCCCAGAUCCUCGCGGAGGGCAGGAGCGCCCAGUGGGCCCGGGUCGCGCCCCGCGCUCCGCCCCGGGCACCCGCUCCCGCCCCGCGCGCCCCUCCCCUGCACCGCCUUCCCCGCCUCUCCCAGGCGGCCGAGGGGCCGGGCCGGGCCGGGCCGGGGGAGGUGCCGAGCCGGGAGUGCGCGCUCGCCCGCUGCGCUGGGCGGCCCGAUCGAGCUGCCGGUCCUCGAGCCUCGCGCGCCCGGCGCUGCCGCCGGCUUUUGUUGUCUCCGCCUCUUCGGCCGCCGCCGCUUGCGGACCACGAGCCGCGCGCCGGGACCUUGGCUCUGCCCUUCGCGGGCGGGGGCUGCGCGGGCCCCACGGUACCCGAGAGAGGCGCGGCGGGCGACCGGCAGCGCCUCGGCCCCACCAUGGAGCUCCGGACCGGCGGCUGGUGGCUGCUGUGCGCGGCCGCCGCACUGGCCUCCUGCGCCCACGGGGACCCUGCCAGCAAGAGCCGGAGCUGCAGCGAAGUCCGGCAGAUCUACGGCGCCAAGGGCUUCAGCCUCAGCGACGUGCCCCAGGCGGAGAUCUCCGGUGAGCACCUGCGGAUCUGCCCCCAGGGCCACACCUGCUGCACCAGCGCGAUGGAGGAGAACCUGGCCAACCGCAGCCGGGCGGAGCUGGAGACGGCCCUCCUGGACAGCAGCCGCGCCCUGCAGGCCGCGCUGGCCGCCCAGCUCCGGGGCUUCGACGACCACUUCCAGCGCCUGCUGAACGACUCAGAGCGGGCGCUGCAGGACGCCUUCCCCGGCGCCUUCGGGGAGCUGUACGCGCAGAACGCCAGGGCCUUCCGGGAGCUGUACGCAGAGCUGCGCCUCUACUACCGCGGGGCCAGCCUGCACCUGGAGGAGACGCUGGCCGAGUUCUGGGCCCGGCUGCUGGAGCGCCUCUUCCGGCAGCUGCACCCGCAGCUGCUGCUGCCCGACGACUACCUGGACUGCCUGGGCAAGCGGGCCGAGCCGCUGCGGCCCUUCGGGGACGCCCCGCACGAGCUGCGCCUGCGCGCCACCCGCGCCUUCGUGGCCGCCCGCACCUUCGUGCAGGGCCUGGGCCUGGCCGCCGACGUGGUCCGGAAGGUGGCCCAGGUGCCCCUGGGCCCCGAGUGCUGGCGGGCCGUCAUGAAGCUGCUGUACUGCGCGCACUGCCUGGGCGUGCCCGGCGCCCGGCCCUGCCCCGACUACUGCCGCAACGUGCUCAAGGGCUGCCUGGCCAACCAGGCCGACCUGGACGCCGAGUGGAGGAACCUCCUGGACUCCAUGGUGCUCAUCACCGACAAGUUCUGGGGCCCCGCGGGCGCGGAGAGUGUCAUCGGCAGCGUGCACCUGUGGCUGGCGGAGGCCAUCAACGCCCUCCAGGACAACCGCGACACGCUCACGGCCAAGGUCAUCCAGGGUUGCGGGAACCCCAAGGUGAACCCCCACGGCACCGGGCCCGAGGAGAAGCGGCCGCGGGGCAAGCUGGUGCUGCAGAAGCCGCCCGCAGGUGGGCUGGAGAAGCUGGUGUCGGAGGCCAAGGCCCAGCUCCGCGACGCCCAGGACUUCUGGAUCAGCCUCCCGGGGACCCUGUGCAGCGAGAAGAUGGCCAUGAGCGCCGCCAGCGACGACCGCUGCUGGAACGGGGUGGCCCGCGGCCGGUACCUCCCUGAGGUGAUGGGUGACGGCCUGGCCAACCAGAUCAACAACCCCGAGGUGGAGGUGGACAUCACCAAGCCUGACAUGACCGUCCGCCAGCAGAUCAUGCAGCUGAAGGUCAUGACCAACCGGCUGCGCAGCGCCUACAACGGCGAGGACGCCGACUUCCAGGACGCCAGCGACGACGGCAGCGGCUCGGGCAGCGGGGACGGCUGUCCCGACGACGCCUGCAGCCGGAGGGCGGACAAGAAGGGAGCCGGCUCGAGGCCCGCGCUGACCCACGCCCUCCCCGGCCCGUCGGAGCGCGAGGGCCGGAAGACCUCGGCGGCCGGCCGGCCCCGGCCCUGCGGGGCCCUCCUGCUCCUGCUCCUGCUCCUGCUCCUCACCCUGGGCCCCUCCGCGGCCCGGCCGAGGGGGCGGUAACGGCCCUCCGGCCCCGGGGACGAGGCCAAGGACUGACUUUGCCGAGUGGAGCAGAUAUUUAAUUCCCCUGGGCCCGGGGGGCCGGGGCCAGAAAGGGAGGGACAGCGUGAGACUGCUGCUCUGCGGUGCGGGGGGGCCCCCCAGGCCUGGCUUUGCCGUCACCCUGGCCCUUAAUUGUGUGUGAGGCCCUCAGGUCGGCUGGGAGCCAUGCCCCCCAAAGCCAUGUAUUUCAGGGACCUCCCGGGGGCCCCGGGUCUGUGUGGGCCCCGCCCAUGCAGGUCUGGGGGCUUCUCUCCUGGGCCCACCUCCCCCCGGCCCCCUGCCCCGCUGCCACCCAGUGCCAGGGCCCGCGUGGGGGCCGGAGCCUGUGCCUUCCCCUCCCGCUUCCUCCCGCAACAGCCGGGGCCCCGGGUUUCGGAAAGCGAGGCCCACCCCUUAGCGCCCUGAGAACCCUCAUGAGGUCGUAGGGUCUCUGCCACCCGGGACCCCGAGGGGCCUUUGAGAUGAUGCAUGAACCCUUCGCAGGCAGCCAGGCCCCCACCCUGCGACACCGGGGGCCCCCCAGAACCCCUGAGUCAGGUGGGACCCCGUCUGGACAGAUGGGCCCGGUGGACCUCGUCCUUGCCAAAGACCCACUGGGUGGGGGGGGACUCGGACGCGCCCUGAGUGGCAGCGGCCCAGCCCCCCCGCCCCCGGGCUCUGCUUGUGGUUCUCUGCAGGUGGGCUUGCUGCCCCUGACCCACCCCCCCGAAGGUGGGCGACCCCUUCGCCCCCGGGGCUGGGCCACAGCCUGCAAGGGGGCUUCCAGGUGCGGGGAGGAGCCGCCUGGCCGCUGUCCUCCCUCCCGUCCCCACGCGGGCUGGGGGCCGGGGGCCAGCUCAGGGUGCCCGGGCCAGGGCUGCCGAGGGGCGGGCGCAGCUUCAGCUCAGGGCCAGCGUGUCGCAGCACUGCAGACUGAGGGCCGCCGGCCGCGCAGGGGGCCUGCGAGUGUUGCGAAAGUUAAGGGCUUUUCCAGACGUGCAGGUGUCUCCCGACGCUCCCUGGCCUCGUGCACCAGGAGUGGUGCGCCCCGACGCUCCCUCACAGCUUCCGCAGGACACCCUUCCGGGGGCCCAGCGUCGGGGCACCCCCGUCGUGCCGGCUUGGGUGGGGGGGCUGGCACCCUGCCGGAGGGGCUCAGCGAGGAGAAGGCGGGUGCAGAGGGCCGGGGAGGCCGAGGAGGCUGAGCCCGCCGGGCAGGGCCGGUGUGCAGGCCAGCACAGGGGGCGGGGGGCCCUGCGCAGGCUGCUUAGCACUGCUCUGCUCUCCCCCAAGGGGUGGGAGGGCCGCUGGCCAGGGUCCCCGGCACACUCCUGUGCUCUGUGGACACACCCACCCCGGGUGACGCUGAUAUGUCCGGGCCCAGGGGCGGGGCCUGGACCCUCGGGGGACGACCGCCGCGUGCCAGGAUGGCGUGCUGUGUGCCACACGGGGUUGGCCCCACGGGCCCGUGCCCCGUCCCCCCCACGUGCAUCUCGGGGAGGGGUGGCGGGCCUGCCGCGUCCUGCCCCCUGGUGUCAGCGGGCGGCGUGUGUUCUUAGCGUCCUUGUAAGAAUAAAAGGCUGGAGACCUC